UAGAAAUAUAGUACAUUUCAGAAAUUGGUAGGUAGACCUUCUGUAAACUUUUGCUCACCACAGAGAAUCUGCAGAAACAGAGUGAAGUUGUGCAGCUAACACAGCAUCAAUCCUGUGCAGUUAUCUAUGCAGAGGCUGUUAGCAGGGUGAAGAUGAAGUUCGAGAAUAUCCUAGAGGAAAUCGACGGUUUCGGUCCUUUUCAAAUCGUCAUCAUCAUCCUGCUGUGCGCCCCGAGGAUAGUUCUACCCUGUCACUUCCUCCUGAAUAACUUCAUCGCAGCGUUGCCUCCUCACCGCUGCGACAUCAGCACCCUGGGUGGUGAUGGAGGACUCUUCAGAAAUCUAACUCCGGAGCAGAGACUGACUGUCAGCCUACCUGUAAAAGCAGACGGGGUCCCAAAGUCCUGUGAGAUGUUUGCAGAGCCUCAGUUUCAGCUCUUAGCCAACAGCUCUGGCAGCGCUGACCUGCAGACCGUUCAGUGUCAGAGUGGAUGGGUUUAUGACAACUCCACCUUCACCUCCACUCUGGCAACAGAGUGGGAUCUUGUGUGUGACAGAAAAAGCCUGUUAAAAACCACAAGCACUAUCUUCUUUUUUGGAGUGAUGAUGGGGGCCAUAGCUUUCGGAUUUCUCUGUGAUAAGUAUGGGAGGAAAAACACUCUUCUGGCCUCUUACAUCAUGGCCAUGGUGUUCGGUUUCUCCAGCGCGUUUGCAAACUCCUAUGUUCUGUUUGCAGUGCUGAGAUUUCUCACUGGGUUUGGACUGACAGGAAUCAGCAUCAACUCAGUCGUUCUCAGCAUUGAGUGGGUGGACACAGGCCACAGGUCGUUCAUCGGUGUGAUCGGCAGCCUGGCCUGGUCUGCAGGUAACAUGCUGCUGGCUGGGUUUGCCUUCCUGGUCAAUGACUGGCGGACGCUGAUCAUGGCGGUCACGGCCCCACUGGGCUUUGCAGUUUUGACCUGGUGGUGGAUCCCUGAAUCUGCUCGCUGGCUUUUAGCUCACGGUCGAGUGGACAGGGCCCAGUAUUACCUCGACAAAUGUGCCAAGUUUAACAAAAGGCAAAAAGUGUCAUCCAAAUUUAAACUGGAGACUCUCUCCAACAUACAAAUCCUGGAAAAACAGGACAAAAACUACACAUACCUUGACCUAAUCAAGACCCCGAAGAUGAGACGGUUAACUCUGCUGACUGGGAUUGUGUGGUAUGGAGUUGCCUCCACAUAUUAUGGGAUCAGUCUGAACAUCAGUGGAUUCGGUUUGAACAUGUAUCUCACACACUUCAUCUAUGCUGCCAUCGAAGUCCCCGCCAAGCUGAUGGUCUACUGGUUUCUUAACGUCAUCGGACGGAGGAAAUGCCAAGCGGGCACGCUGUUACUGACAGGAACGUGCAUCGUCAUAAACAUCUUUUUACCACAAGGUCUGUGGCAUGUGCGUGCUGUUGUCGCCAUCCUUGGAAAAGGCCUAUCAGAAGCUUCCUUCACGACGAUCUUCCUCUACACAACAGAGCUCUACCCUACAGUGGUCAGACAAAAUGGCCUGGGCUACACCAGCUUCAUGAGUCGUCUGGGAGUAUCCGUGGCUCCUCUCAUCCUGCUGCUGGAGGACGUGUGGACUCCUCUUCCUCAGAUCAUCAUCUGCUCUUUGGCCUUCCUGUCCGGCCUGGUGGCUCUGCUGCUGCCAGAGACUCUGAGUGUGAGGCUGCCAGAGACUGUUGACGAUAUAGAAAAGCCAAGAGGAAACGAAGUCUCCUCUCCCUCCGUGGAGCUUUCUGGUGUUUUCCUGGAAUCAAAGAGCAAAACAGACAGUUCACAGUGAACUUACUGACUUUUGCAAAUGUAAAC